ACCUGUCCCCCUCCGCCCCCUCCCUCUCUCUCUCUCUCUCUGCUCCAUUAACUGAAGCUGGUUGGAGUUUCAUUGACUCUAUUCUUCUCAACUGCAGAUUACUUGAUUUUGACGAGGUUCCCCCAGCCCAAAAAAUGGGUAAACAGCCAAAAGAUUGUCCAUAUUCUUGGUAACUGAUUGUAAAACAAAUCAAGGUGUUUUCUCUCUUUCAUUCCUAUUCUCGAUUAAGCCCUUGCCUUCCUCUGCCCAUUGGUGUAUGUGCUUUUUCGAGGAAUAAAGAAAGUAAAAAAUGCCACGACGUCCUAGUUUUCGAAAGAAAGAGUUCUUUAAAGUAUAUCUUCCUGAUCAGAGCUCUCAACGGAUGCGUGUUCCACCAGCCUUUGUCAAACUUCUCAAUGGAGCUAUUCCAAAUAAGGCUAUACUUAAAGAUCUUGGUGGAAAUUUUUGGCACAUAGAGAUGGAAGAAGCUGAAAAUGGGGUAUUUUUUAAGGAUGGAUGGCAAAGAUUUGUGAGUGAUCAUUCUUUAGAGCUGGGGAACUUCUUAGCUUUUACAUACCACGGAGAUACUUCAUUCGAUGUGAAAAUAUUUGGUACCAAUGGAUGCAUGAAAGAAGAAGCUUUAGGGGACCAAUGCAUCAAUAAAGGACCUUCGACUGUUGAGAAGAUUAAAAUACAUGUGAAGGUUGAGAAAGAGUCUGAAGAAGGACAUCCUAUGCUUAGUCGUUGCAAGCGGAAGUAUGCAGAAGUAGCUAUGAAAAGAUCUGAAAAAUGUAAUGUAACAGGUUCCGAUGAAGAAAGUCGGCGUAGAUCGCCGAGAAUUAUUGCUUCACAAACCAUUGAACAACCCAGGGCAAUUGAGACAUCAGAUUUUUCCUUACUUAAAAAUCCGCAUUUUAUUGCAUCUGUUUGUCAAUCAAGGGCAUUCCGCGUGAAAACUUUCACAAGAGUGGAAGCAAAGGGUCACACUGCUGUAUUAGUUAUUACCAUGAAAUCUCUGAACUCAACACCCAUGAGGUGUGGAAUAAACAAGAUGAAGAUCAGGUUCCUGUUCGCACGGAAGAAAUGAUUCUCAUAAGUUCUUUUUUUCAAUAUUACGUGGAAACUCACUGCUUCAAUCUUCGACUCAUUAUUCAUCAAGAGUAACUCAGACCGUUGUAGCUUGAUAUGCCAGCUGUUCAUGAUUGAUUCUGAUUUGAAGAAACUUCCCAAGGUAUUUCAAUUAGGUCUGAGGUUUCCUUCCCCAUUGAGUCUUCAUCAAUCCCUCGUAAUUUCCUAUCUUGAAAUUCAGCACAUGUCAAUUUUCUUUGUCUAAGUUUGAUAAAUCCCUUGAUGCAUCUAUUUUUCCAUAUUUAUCGUAUUGCCAGACAAUCUUCAACCCUUUUUUUGUUUGGUUUUGUUUGGUUCACUAAUAGAGGAAUUCAUCAUUCAAUGACUUCUUUUAAUUUACCUUCUAGGUUAAGGAAUAGAGAUGUGGGAUGUAGUGUAGUCUCUUGACACUCUUUUCUUUAUCAAGAGGCUUUCUUUAUCUUCCAAUCUUCUUCUUACUGGAUAGUGGACCUCCCAAAAUCCUGAUUUGUUGAUUAAGUCACAACCUAGCUCUCUCUCUGUUGAUUGAGCUGGCUCAAAAGUAUUUGUUUGAGAUCAAGCAUCCUCGAUUCCUUCAUUAAGCCUUUCCAAUGAAUCAUGCCAAUAAACUAAUGCUUCUGAUCAAGUAUGAAUUCAUAUUUCAAUUUGCUAAGUUUGUUAUCAUCAAAACCAAUUAUAUCUUUAGAACCUUGGGGCUAACAGCAACAAAGCAGGAUAGUCAAAGAGAUUGAGUGCCUGAUUACUUAUGACGGCAAGAAACUGUUGGAGGAGUUAGCUCUUUGAGGGAUUUUUUUCUCUUUGGUUUUCCAUUUCUUGCUUCUACUUAGCUUUUCCCUUUGUUGUUCUCUCUUUUGUAUGGGUGGUGGCGUGAUGCCUCCUUCUAAUAAUGAAAACCAGGGAGAAGACAGAGGGCUAAGAGUAGACCUGAGGCGGGAAUUGAGAGAGAGAGAGAGAGAGAGAGAGAGAGAGAGAUUUUCCUUGUAAUUAUGUUUUUAUAUUUUCACAAACCUAGUUGGGUUAGAUAGAUGACAAAUGCUUGACUUGUGAGAGAGAGAGAGAGAGAGAGAGAGAGAGAGAGAGAGAGAGAGAGAGAGAGAGAUUUUCCUUGUAAUUAUGUUUUUAUAUUUUCACAAACCUAGUUGGGUUAGAUAGAUGACAAAUGCUUGACUUGUGUUCCUGUUUUUACUAGCGUAGUUUCGGUGCUUUGAGAACUUCAAUUGCUGACAUUAGCAUAAUCUGUUAGUUGACCUUGUGGUUAGUUAACUCCUUAAUAUUCAUUAAAUUCUCCCUUGCUUUGGUAGCCCUUCAACUAAUAUGUGACUAAUAUUUGCUAUUGAUAUCCUUCAGCUCUGGCUUUAACCUUCUGAUAGAUCAAGGCCUCAGCUUAGGAUGAGCCUAUGCAGCACAGACACUGGUUCAUGACACAAACACUUCAAUGUGGAAAUUUUUGAAAGUUCAAGAAUACGAGGGAUGCGUUUGCAUAUGAACUUAUUCAAGUAUUUAAUGAUAUUAAGAGAGUUAAAAAUAAGGCUCUAACAAUAAUGAACUAGAUGUGUCUUAGUUCACAUUUAUCAGUUCGUUGUUCACUAAGUGUUCCAGCAAAAAGUAUUUUAUCACCCCUAUGGAUCUUUAUACCCAAUCAACCAUCGUCUAUCACAUGAAAGAAGACUCCUAAGGUUUAACUAGAGUAGACUAUUUUGUUUUGAAAUCCCUCCGAUGUUUCUUGCGAGUUUGCUUAGUCCCAAGAGUGUUUUCAUAGUGUUCAAAUAAUGUAAACAAUUUACAAAAGUAGGACUCCUUUGAUUCAAGUGUUGAGCACGUGUCCCUAAAGUGUUCGAAGAGUGUCAUCGGUGUCUGGGAAUUUCACUGGUACGUAGUAGUUGCCUAGGUGUUCAUCUCCCAUGAAGAAAAACAUGUCACUGGAGGUCAUGUAAUGGUGUUGGACACUCUUGGACAGUGACACUCUCCAAACUCAUGUCCAACACUCAAAUUAGACGUAUCCCAUUUUUGUAAAAAAAAAUUCACUCCAGGGACACUUCAUAGAAUGAUGGUCGGGACCCUUGCGGUACUUAUUGAGGUGUCAAAUGGAAUACUAGGCUCUAGUUAAAGCUUUAUAGAUGAUGGCUGAUAGAUUCUAGUGACGCUUGUGGAUGUUCAAUACUUUUUGUUGAGCAUCAGGGGUGUCAAAUGGAAUAGCAGGAUCUAGUGAAAAAGCUUGAUAGAUGAUGACUGCUUGAUUAUUUUGACACUGGUGAAUGAUGUAAUAAGAAAAUUGGUUGAUGCAAUGCCAUAGUUGAGUGGAAGCAUAUAAUAUUCAGUGCCUCUUUUGUGUAAUUUUCAUAGUUUUCGUUUUGAUAUCCAGCAUAUGCUAAAAGUACCUCAGGCUUUAACAUGUUUCCUACAAGUUGUGACUGUAGCAUCUGCUGCCAAGGAUCUCAAUCAAUAAAAGGGAAUAGCCUUCUUAUUCGAAUCCUGCCUCAACUUGGAUGCCUGCAUAAAAGAAGGAAAAAAUAAAUUCUAAGACACCCUUAGCUGUCUGCUUGGAAAGAAGGCUCACCAAUUUAUCCAGCUGUAAGACAUGCAAGGCUAUAUUCCCUGAUGGGACAAUUGAAAAUGGGGCAGUCACACAAUUCGUGGAUGUACCCUGUCACAUCCCAAAACCGGGAACAUGACCGGCGGUGAACCAUGUGACAAUCAUGGAACACGAAGCCUGGCAAAAAUAAUCAUUUAACAAAUUUAAAUAAACAAGAAAAUUGCUUUCGGAAUUAAAUAAAACAUGUGAAUCAAAACUAAUAUCUUUUUUAACAAGAUGGGCACAAUAUUUGAUAUUCUCCAACUCCAAAUUUAUCAACAAAAAAUGCUAAUAACAAAUGUGCGGAAGCUGUUUGGCACAAGAAAAGAAAUAAAAAUGCAAACGCCUUGGAGGUCCAAACAGAAGGUUCCGACAAUGCCACAGAGUCCCCUCCGUGAACUAACUUGAAAAUAUGUGGAAUAAAUCCGUUAGUUGAAAGCUCAGUGAGUAGUUAAGUAUGCUAGGCUAAAUAAUACAACGCGGUAUACAAAAAAGAUACUGAGGGUUCCAAAGAAAUGUUUUGAAAUUAAUAAUGGAGGUCGAUGGUUCAACGAAUAGUAUUAAAAAAUUAAGUAAUGAACAAUGAAGGUCAAUAGCUCAACAAAUAGUAUAAGAGAUGAAUCAUAACAAAUUAUCACAACAAUAAUCGAACAAUGAUAACAAGCAUUUUAUACCAACUGCUCAACAUUAUCGAAAUGAUGAACAACAAUAAUGAGGUAGUCCAAACCAAAGUGGGAACCAUAAUCAUGAAUUACUAAAUGCCAAAUUCUCAGGGCUUAGCCUGUUGGAUCCAACAUCAUACUUAGAGUUACCACAAGAUGGCGCCUGGGACCUUUCCCCUAAGUCUAUCCGGAGUAGGGUCAUAGGGUAUUUCACAAGUCUUUUCCCUAUCUGUUGUGCACUAGAGUCGCAUGGUAUUUCACAAGUCUUUUCCUUAGUGGCCAAAGUCACCAUGAUAUUUCACGAGUCUUUUCCUUAGACUUUAACAAAUAUAAACAUAAUCCAUGGUUCCAAACACAUAAGAACAACGGCAAACCGGAGUCCCCUACUCCAGGAAUAUUCCCCGUACCGCUGCAUAGUCUCAACAAUAUUAUGGAGUCAACGAACACACAACAAGAGAAAUAAGGGCAAUCCAACAAUCGAAAAUACUAUCAAUAAACCUUGCAUGCCAAAGUGACGUCAAUCAUCAAUAAAUAUGAGAGCAAUGAAUAAGAAUAUCACUUAUCGGAUCAUAGCGAAUAAAUGAACUGUCAAGAAUAGAUAGGCUCAAGAGAAUUCCAAAGAAAGGGAUCACAUGCUUAACCACUCACCUGGGGUCCUAAGGAAUGCCACCAAAUGCGAAGCGUAACAAUAGUCCACUAGUCUCCAUAAAAAGAAUAUAUACACAUCGCCAUAAAAAAACCCAAGUAUAUGUAUGAAAAUAAGACCAACUAUACCUACUGAAACUCUAAUGGUUUAAGCUUUACUAGUAACGUUUUAAUGCCCAACUUAAAACUAAGCUCACAACCCACGCAUUCAAAUCACCAGCACACGUUUUCACACACUGCCACAUUCCAAUUAUCAUUCCACUACUCACAUGCUCACACACCCACAAGGCACUCGGCCCCACCCCCGGCUCUCUCUCUCUCUCUCUCUCUCUCUCUCUCUCUCUCUCUCUCCAUGCACACCACAAAACCCAUCACUGUUACACAACCAUGCAAAACUAUAAUACAAUCAACACACACACAUGCUUAGAUCAACACCCUCACCACCAAUUCUCUCUCUGACAACAAACCAAAACCACACUCCAAUUAAAUAAGUAAGCCUAAAGGGUAAAAAGCAUCAUUGAUAUCCGUGCAUGUGUUAGUUCUUGGCGAGGAGUCAAGAAGUCAGCCCCUAACAUGGCUCUUUGUUCUCGGUGGAAUGUGCCAGCUAAAGUUUUUGAUAGUAUGUAAUUUUUUGUUGUUGGUUCCUUUUCUUUGUUUUAUAAUGUUCUGUUUUCAAGCUUUGAUUGAUGUCCAUUUGUAUGGUUUUGUUUGACAAAGGGUAUGCCAUGUCUUGUGUAAUGUGGUUUGUUUUUAUAAAAUUUUACCUUACCCAAAAAAAAAAAAAGCAUCAUUGAAUGUCCAAGAGGAAUGGUCAGAAGACUUACCAAGACACCAAAAAUUACCAAUGGUUCUCCCACCCUAGCCGCACUGUUCUACUCGUCCUCUUUACCUCUUGCAGCCCUCUCUAGAAAAUAAUAUAACCCUAGGUUUCUCAAUAUUUAUAAAAGCAUAAGGGGCCCUCUCUUCAAUAAUUAAAUACACCCUCACUAACUGGCCCGACCCGAGUAUAGAAGUUUAGUCCAACCCAAGUAAAACUAACCGGCCCAAUGAUAUUAAACAUACUCAAGUAUACACAUUCAAAUUAGCUUAACUUUGUCUAUCGAAACAAAAUAUAAGUUAUUCAAGUUCAAAAGAAUUUUCAAAAUAAAUGUAGUACAAAAGCAACAAUAUUAUUUUUUUAUUAGAAAGAAAUUUGAAAAAGAAGAAUGAAAGAAUUAAUUAUAUGUAUAAAGAAUAUUACUUUUUUAAAAGGAAAAAGCAGGAUGUCACAUACCCUCUUGUGGUGCGUGCUAGCUUGCAAAUUGGAGCUUUCAAGGAAAAUUCAGCUGCAAUGUGGUUGCAUGAAUCCAGAUCGCUAACUUCUGAAUGGAUUCCUGGCCAACGUAUAAAGUAAACAUCCCCCAUGUGUAGUCAGUAGCGUGCGAAGGCUGUUGGUGCAGUCCUAGCAAGCUCAAAGGCACAUAAAUAGAGGAGUCAACAACUGCUGUUGUUACGAAUCAAACUCCAGACGUGUUGGUGUUGGUUCAAAACAUCUAGUGCUGGGCUGGAGUACCAUUAAUUGUAAUAUGCAGCAUUAUCUUUCUGUAUACAUACUAACAGAACCGUAUUUUAAGCUUCAUAAUAAUUUUGUGUGUGUGUGUAUACGGCACUUCUAGUGAGGGAUCCCACACGCUUUUUGCGUGCGGACUUCUAAUCUCGACCGUCGGAUCUCAUCUGAUGGCCGAGGUGCAUUGCAUCCCGGCCGUCGGAUGAGAUCUGACAGCCGAGAUUGCAUGUGGGAUCCAUCAUCUGAAGCGGACUGUAUUUAAAGUACUAGCGUAUAAAUUAUACAUUUUGUGGUGACAUAUAUUCACAUAUAUAAAUGCACAUGGAUGCUCUGGAAGCUCCAGCUCUCAUGAUUUUUGCACAAAGGAAGCUCUCACGUUCACUCCUGCUUCCGUUCCCAUUCGCUCUUGUGCACUAGGUGACUUAGGUGAUGACUAAUGCUUCUAUUUGUUCAAAAAUAUACGUGCCUGAGUUGUCAGGUUCCUGUUGGUAGCUGUUAACCCUCGCGACAAAUGAAGUUUUCCAUUCGACCACUACCUUUGUCUCCUACCAGCAAGCGCAAAAGAGAAGAAAAAGCAUAAACAGAAA